AUGCAAGAGGCCAGCAUUGUUAGACAAGCGGAUGGAUCGGUAAUCACCACGGGCGCACCGCUGAGAUUGCCGUUUGAUAGGGUGAUGCUUCGCCACCCGUCAACAUCAGUAGAAGCCGAUAUCCUUAUCCCAGAUAAGGAGCUGAGAGUGCUCGGGGAGGAGGUUUGGGAGGCUCAGGGGCAGUGAGGACUCAAAUGCGACCAAAGGAAACAUAAAAAUUACAAAAGCUCAGUGCGCGUCGUUCACGACAAACAACAAUUAUCCACGACCUUGUAUUCCUGCUUAA